CUCAUUGCCACGUCUCUUCAGGACAUCAGCGUUUACAGCAGUCGCCGCGGACACAGCGGGGAAAGGGCGACGCGGAGGGAAUUGGGAGGGCUGCGCUAUGCCCCCUCCCCAACCUGGCGGGCUCCCCGACCUGGCGGGCUGGUGGUGAAGGCAAACCGCUCAUGGUGCUGUUGGAGAGGCGAUUUGGGAAAUUUUUCACGUUGUUACAUAAGUAUCAGGGCAAAAAUUGCCAGAGGUGGAAGAGGUGGAUUGCUUCCUGGUCAUGCCCGGUGGAAGGAGGGGACCCAGCCGGCAGCAACUAAGCCGUUCAGCUUUGCCUUCUCUUCAGACAUUAGUUGGUGGGAACUGUGGCAACGGAACAGGUCUGAGAAAUAGGAAUGGUAGUACUCUCAGUCUUUCUGCUCCUCCUAUCACUGCCCUGAUUACACCUGAGCCUGUGAGACACUGCCGAAUCCCAGAGCUCCCUGUGGAUGGAAACCUUCUAUUUGAAUUCCUCUUUUUCACCUACUUGCUGGUGUCUCUUUUCAUUCAAUAUAUUAAUAUUUACAAGACCGUCUGGUGGUAUCCAUAUAACCACCCUGCCUCCUGUACAUCACUGAACUUUCACCUCAUUGAUUAUCACCUGGCUGCAUUCAUCACAGUGAUGUUGGCACGGAGGCUUGUAUGGGCCCUCAUCUCUGAGGCCUCGCAGGUGGGUACUUCAUCAAUGAUUCACGAUAUGGUAUUGAUUCUGGCACGUCUAGUUCUACUCACCCUUUGUGUAUGGGUGCUCUGUUGGACUCUGGUCAACCUCUUCCGCAGCCAUUCUGUCCUCAAUCUCCUCUUUCUUGGCUACCCGUUUGGUGUCUAUGUUCCAUUGUGCUGCUUCCACCAAGAUAGUAGAAACCAGCCUCUUUCAACAGACUGCAGCUAUUUAGUGCAGGAUCAACUAGUGGAUGAUAGUGCCUCAGGGGUUGGCAGUCUUGUGAAGCCCAAAGAUUUAUUUUCUCUCCUGAGAGAAUCUGUCAAAGAACAGUUCAACCCCUCUGUGACCACUCCAACGCACAGCUGUCCCUUGUCCCCAGAUCUCAUUCGCAAUGAAGUGGAGGGCCUCAAAGCAGACUUUAACCGCCGAAUCAAGGAAGUUCUAUUCAAUUCCCUCUUCAGUGCCUACUAUGUGGCAUUUCUGCCAUUAUGCUUUGUGAAGAGCACUCAGUAUUAUGAUAUGCGCUGGUCAUGUGAGCACCUCAUCAUGGUUUGGAUCAAUGCUUUUGUCAUGCUCACCACACAACUGCUUCCUCCCAAGUAUUGUGACUUGCUACACAGAUCAGCUGCUCACUUGGGCAAGUGGCAGAAGCUGGAACAUGGUUCAUAUAGUAAUGCCCCUCAACACAUCUGGUCUGAGAGCACAAUAUGGCCACAAGGAGUGCUAGUACGACAUAGUCGAUGCUUAUAUAAAGCAGUGGGACCUUAUAAUGUAGCUGUGCCUUCAGAUGUGUCUCAUGCUCGCUUUUACUUCCUCUUCCACCAUCCCUUACGGCUUCUCAAUCUGCUGAUUCUCAUAGAAGGCAGUGUGGUCUGUUAUCAACUCUACUCCUUGCUUCGCUCAGAGAAGUGGAACCAUACACUCUCCGUGGCCCUGAUACUCUUCUGCAACUACUAUGUCCUAUUUAAACUCCUGAGGGACCGAAUAGUAUUGGGCAAGGCCUAUUCUUAUCCACUCAACAGCUAUGGGUUAAAAGCCCAUUAGUCAUCUGAGGAAGGGAAGGAUAUUUUCAUACAGUUAUAUUUUUUUUCCUUGCAACUGUUUAUAAAUAUUUAAAAAAAUAUUUUAUAUUUUGUAUACUACUGUUUUUUGUGGGGCAGGGAAGGGCCAAGUGGCAGUUAAAUGUCGCUUUAUAAACAAGGUUAUUUUAUAUAAAGACAUCAUUGUGUUUAUACUGUAUAUCAACAUAUAUCUAUGUGAAGCAAGAGCUUUGUAUGUGUGGUCCCUCUAUUUACUGUGCAUGCAGGUUAGCCAUCAUAAAACUCAGUUUUACA